AUGACACAAUGCAAAGCCCUAACGACGCCGGAUACAAUGUGGAACUUCUGUCCAUCAAUCGGCGCUGCGUACCUAUUCACUGUACUCUUUGCCGUGACGACUCUCGCCCAUAUCGCACAGGCGAUCCUGCAUCGCAAAUUCUAUUGCUGGGUAAUUGCCAUGUCCGGGACGAUUCAAACAGUGACCUACAUCUUCCGUGUGCUCAGCAUCCUCAACCCAGCCAGCUACGAAGACUACGCGGCAUGGUUUGUACUCAUCCUCAUCGCCCCGCUCUGGACCAACGCCUUUGUCUACAUGGCCAUGGGACGGAUGGUGUGGAACUUCACCGACGACGCGCGGGUGAUGCGCAUGCGGCCAUGGCAUUUUGGGUUGUUCUUCGUGACUCUUGACAUCAUGCAUGUCUACGGGGCAGCACAAGCAGCCGGAAACAACGUGUCAUACAGCACGGAGAUGACCGGUCUGCAUAUCUAUAUGGCGGGCGUGGGCGUACAACAGCUUUUCAUCCUGGUGUUCGUAGUCUGCGCUAUCGGCCUGCAUGGCAAGAUUCUACGACAACAGCCACUGGACACGAAAAAGGCCCUGCAGUUACUCUAUGUUCUUUACGCGUGUCUUGCCUUCAUCACUGGCCUCGACAGCACAAUCCCCUCCCAUGAGGCUUACCAAUACUGCCUCGACUCGCUGCCCAUGCUGCUGGCGCUUGUGCUACUCAAUGUCAUACACCCGGGCCGUCUCAUGCCAGGGAGGAACAGCGAUAUCCCGAGUCGUAAAGAGCGCAAGAAAAUGGGGGUGUGUACAAAGCCGAGGAUGACAGGAAAUGAUACGGUUCAGGAUCGGUCGAGUCGCUUCAUUGCUGAGGCCACUGUGGUUGAUCAAGAACGAUGA